AUGUCUUUCCUCACAAGCCCUGAGCGAGGAUGCACUGGUCACCCAACCCGGAUCCAAUGUGGCCCAGACAGAACGACCUCGAAGGAUGGCUAUUUCGUUCAAUCCAAGGGUGGAGAAAGGGACAACGAUAUCUCUUCCUGCGAGACAUCAAAAUGGGAGGAUUCAUCAGGCCUUCCAAUGGAGGAAAACCAGACUCUCUCAGCACGCGAAGCUGAUGACCUUGAGAGAUCUAAAUCUCAAGUUUGGCAAGCCGAUGCCACCAGGAGGAUCUUACGAUCCCGACACAAACUUUCGAUUACGGUCUCGACUACGCUUCCGGCUACCUCCUCAUAUAACUGA